AUGUGGAUUGUAGCCUACUAUGUUGUAUUCGCCAUUUAUCGGUACGCUUUGACACCAGACUAUCAAAGGAUUUUCGAGAAAUUGGCUCACAACUUUGAUAUAAAGCUGGACUACAUUCCACUCACGUUUAUGUUAGCUUUCUUUGUAAGCGUCAUCGCCGAACGAUGGCGUAAAAUCUUGAACAACAUGGGCUGGAUAGAGAACUGUGCUUUGACGGUGAAUGCAAUACUGAAAAGCUCGACUAAUCACGAGGAGGCUCGUUUGAUGAAACGAUCCAUAGUGCGCUACAUGAUCCUCUCUCAAAUUCUUACCUUUCGAGAUAUCUCAAUGCGAGUAAGACGUAGAUUUCCAGAUCUCGCAAGCCUCGUUACCUCAGGCCUUAUGCACGAACACGAGCUCGAGCUGCUUGAAAGUGUCAAUGUAGCAAUUUUUAACAAAUAUUGGUUGCCAGUUAACUGGGCCUAUGCAGUAAUUGGUGAUGCAUACCACAAAGGUUACAUUAUCAAUGCACCUUCAUUGAACUCCAUGAUUAAGGAAGUGAAUGAUUUUCGAAAUGGUCUGCAAUUACUCUGCAAUUAUGACUGGGUUCCGAUACCAAUUGCUUACCCGCAGGUGGUGUUUCUUGCUGUACGCUGUUACUUUACCAUUUGCUUGAUCUCACGACAGUACCUUAUUGGCGACGGAGCUUCAAAUACGGACACGAUCGAUAUGUAUGUGCCAUUCAUGACAAUGUUACAGUUUCUCUUCUUCGUUGCAUGGAUGAAAGUUGCAGAAGCACUGCUAAAUCCGCUUGGAGAAGACGACGACGACUUUGAAUGCAAUUUUUUGAUUGAUAGAAAUAUAACCUUAGGUAUGGCCAUAGUGGACCAGACUGCUGACCAGUAUCCACCCUUGACAACAGAUGAUUUGUCUGCUCCCGAUCUCAUGUUUCUAAAUUAUAAUAAAAGCGAUACUCAUCAUGAACUUCUUGGAUCUGUGGCUAGCGUUGAAUUACCUGCCAGUAAUCCUGCUGAUAACUGGAGUCGAAAACAACGUACCUCCGCAAGUUCCUCAAAUGUAAGCUCGAGGAGGCAGUCUUUUGAUGGAAAAAAGUCAGAUAAUGAAUCGCAUACACCGAAACCAAGAAAUUUAUUAGGAAUUGACAAUCUCGCAUAUUCUUCUACUAGAAGAAGUCCGCGGAUUGAAAGGACACUGAAGCCCGUAGACGAAGAGAAGGCAGAUUCCCAGGAAUCUGAUUUGGAUGGCUACGUUGCAAUCAAGCUGUGA